CCUCCUGGUAAAUCUCUGAAACGGAUCCAACCUCCCACACCCCCCCUAGCACCCCUUUAGACUUGUCAGCUUUCAAAACACCCCGCCCCCCGCGUGCCAUCAUUUAUUAAUGGAAACGGAGGAGCGCUGGGGGCCGUUAAUAUCCCUUAAUGUUAAAAGGCGGCGGAAGGAGACGAGGUUUCCUCCCCGUGAGUGUCCCUGCAGCUCCAACGUGCGGAAGACGGGAAGAGUCCGCCUGGCGUGAGGAGGCUGUUUGUGUGAUGAGAGUUGCAAUCGAGCUGCAUCUCUUUAAAGCUGACGCCGGCUUAAUUAAUGACACCAGCCAGGAAGGAAGGAAGGACGGACGGACGGACAGACGGACACCGAGGAUGCAUCGCAAAGGACAUCGCUGCCGCAUCGUUUUAACGCCACCAGGGACACGGCACCCUUCAUCUGCUAUGACGUCCUUGCUCGCUCUCAGUCGCUAACACCGCAUCGUGCCCCCCACCCCCUACGUCGGCUGCGCUCUUCAUGUCAGCGUCUCCACCGCAUCCUCGUAUCGGGCUCGGCCACCCGCUGACGCCGCCGAGGCAGGAUGGUGCGCAUCGCAAGCGCCCUGGGGCUUGUCAUGUUCAGUGUGGCGCUGCUCAUUCUGUCCCUCAUCAGCUACGUGUCCAUUAAGAAGGACUUCCUUCUCGGCGGCACCCCCAGAUAUGGACCGAACGGAGGACCGAGGAUGUACAUGUUCCACGCGGGCUAUCGCGAAAGGCCACCUCGCAAGCCUGACCUCAGCUCCCAAUUGGCACUGAAGUAUCUGGAUCCAGUUUUCACGCCGUUGACCAAUGCUCUUAGCGAAGACCUCAAGAAUUCCUCGAAAUGGAGAUACAACAGCACAGCAUUUAUCCAACAGAGGAAGGAAAUCUCUCAGUACGUCGACAUUCCUCACAACUUCUCAUUAACGCGCAGUUUAGUCCGCAUCGGCCAGCUGAUGCAUUACGCCUACUCCAGCCACAAGUACGUCUACUCCAUCGGCGAGAACUUCCGCUCGCUCCUCCCCGAGGUGUCGCCGAUUCUGAACAAGCACUACAACGUCUGCGCCGUGGUGGGCAACAGCGGCAUCCUCACCGGCUCACGUUGCGGCGAUCAGAUCGAGAAGUUUGACUUUGUCUUCCGCUGCAACUUUGCGCCAACCGAGUUCUUUAAGCGAGAUGUCGGCCGGCGCACAAAUAUGACAACCUUCAACCCGAGCAUCUUAGAGAAGUACUACAACAAUCUGUUGACGGUGCAGGACAGGAAUAACUUCUUCCUGAGCUUGAAGAAGCUGGAUGGGGCCAUUCUGUGGAUCCCGGCGUUCUUCUUCCACACGUCGGCCACGGUGACCAGGACUCUGGUGGACUUCUUUGUGGAACAUCGCGGUCAGCUGAAAGUCCAGCUGGCCUGGCCUGGAAACAUCAUGCAGCACAUUAACAACUAUUGGAAAACCAAACAGCUGUCGCCAAAGCGCCUGAGCACCGGCAUCCUGAUGUACACGCUGGCAUCGUCGAUGUGCGACCAGAUCCACUUGUACGGCUUCUGGCCAUUCGGCUGGGACCCCAACACGGGGAAGGAACUGCCUUAUCACUACUACGACAAGAAGGGCACCAAGUUCACGACCAAAUGGCAGGAGGCCCAUCAGUUGCCCGCUGAGUUCAAACUCCUUUACAAGAUGCACACAGAAGGGCUGCUGAAGCUCAGCCUCUCCCACUGCGCUUAGCCAUGAAACCGCGGGAGGUCUUUCAAUUGUCUCACCGGAGCUUCCGUCGGCCAAAGUCACAAAAAGGACCAGUCGGACCAGGGCUGAUAAAUGUGCACGUCCUCGGCAAGGAGACGCAAUGGACUCUGGCGCUCUUUUAAGGACCAAGAUUCUAUCUCUCUCAAGCUGUGACGGGCCAUGCAUCGAAGCUGCAGGAACGAGGACUCUCUUCGUUGUGUCGUCAGUCAAGACACUCAAACACUGAGAGACAUCAGGUCAUGCCAAAUCCUACCUAACAAAAUGUAAGCGACAACAAAAAGCACCGUAGCUACUGACAUCAAAAACCAAACCCAAGGCAAAGUCACAAAAGUCGUUGAUGUUUUAAUUUAGAGCAAUGGUGUCCAACUCUAGGCUCGGGGGCAAGAUCUGGUCCACCACAUCAAAUGAUGUGGCCCGCCAAAGCAAAUUAAACAUGUCAACUUCUGUGAUGCUCGCUAAAAUCGCCAUGAAAAUUUCAUAUUCUCAUA